AUGUCCCAAUGGCUCCAAAGGCACACCUCCGCGACAACUUUUCAGGUUGGCCUCGCCGCAGCACUGGGUGCAGUCGCUGCCACGACGGUGAUUUUCACCGCAACCGCGAUCCACCGCCGUCGGGUGACCGACGAACUUAAAGCCUCGAUUCCCGAGAUCUCACCGGAGCAUCACGCCCUCCAGCUCACGGAAUACGGCGGGGCGAGUCGUCCCACGAUCACAAACAAGGAAGAUACGCGUGCGGCGCAGAUAGCUGCCAGGGCUAGGAAGGGAGACUACGAUGAAGAGUUGAUACUCGAGCAACUAGCCCGCAACAGGGUGUUUUUAAAAGAUGAGGGCCUGGCGAAGCUGAGGGGUGCGUUCGUCGUCGUCGUGGGACUCGGUGGGGUGGGGAGCCACUGUGUCGCGGCGCUGGCCAGGAGCGGUGUCUCUCGCAUACGAGUCGUGGAUUUUGACCAGGUCACGCUAAGCAGUCUCAAUCGGCACGCUUUGGCGACGCUGGCGGACGUGGGGACGCCAAAGGUGAAUUGCGUCAGGAAGAGGUUGGAGCAGAUCUGCCCCUGGGUCCGGAUCGACGAGCGGAAUGAGUUGAUGGGGUUACGGUCGAUCGAGGGUCUGCUGGGGAAAUGGGACUUUGAGCUAAAGGACGGAGAGGAAGACAAAGAGGUGGAUUGGGUGGUGGAUGCGAUUGACAAUAUCGACACCAAGGUCGAAUUGUUGAAAUAUUGUGCCGUGAGAGGCAUUCAAGUCAUCAGUGCCAUGGGCGCGGGAUGCAAGAGUGAUCCCACCAGGAUACAGGUGGGUGAUAUCUCGACGAGCGUUGAGGACCCUUUGUCGAAGGCGACGAGGCGGCGGCUACGGGUCUUAGGCAUCAGUAGUGGCAUCCCGGUGGUCUUCUCGACGGAGAAGCCUGGCGAGGGUAAGGCCGAAUUGCUCCCCAUUGCGGACGAAGAAGUCCAAAAGGGCCAGGUCGACAAGCUGGGUGUCCUGCCUGAAUUUAGGGUCAGAAUCUUGCCUGUCCUUGGUACGAUGCCGGCCGUUUUCGGAUAUACAGUGGCCAACCACGUUAUUUGCAGCGUUGCUGGAUAUCCGAUGGACUACCGAAUGGGCGACAAAGGGAGGGAGAAGAUGUACGACGCCAUCCUAUCAUCUUUGCUGAGUCUUGAAGAACGACUUGUUCGUUCAACCAACGGGCAAGACACUAUUGGUCUCCGCAUUCCAGUGAGCCGAGACGAUGUUGCUUACCUUGUGGAAGAGGUCUUUCGUGGCAAAAGUGUCAUUAGCGGCUUGGGAACCAGACUCGCUCUCAUCAGAUGGCGGAAGCCUGCAGAGGGAUUUAAAAUCGACCCCGAAUACGAGAAAGAAGGACAGAAGAUGAUCAAACUGCCUCUGACGGACCUAGUGCUUGUGACGAAAGAAGAGGCGCAGAAGCACGAGAAGCUAGUCCUGAAAGGCGACAUGGAACCCGAAGUCCUGUACGACCAGAGCAUCCUCGCGCAAGUCAAAAGACGUCUUGAUGAAGAGAGGGCAUACGAGAGGUACCGGUAG